UGUCAUCGUGCACUUUCACUUAGAGUAGUUAAAAAUGGUCUUGCGACUAGGCAAACUAGCUAUAGGGGGAAUAACCACGACCAUGGGGGUCGGUCUAGCUUACUAUUUAUUUUUUACAGAUAAAAAAUGGGCCACCACCCACGCCAAAACCUGCAAAGCCAAAGCACCUCUUCCCACAAGAAAAGACCUCAUCGACUGCCUAAAAAACGACUCUUUCGACGUUUUGAUCAUCGGAGGCGGCGCCACCGGGGUGGGUUGCGCCCUGGACGCAGCCACCAGAGGCCUAAAAACCGCGCUUGUGGAAGCCGACGACUUCGCCAGCGGAACUUCGAGCCGAAGCACGAAACUAGUUCAUGGAGGAGUUCGUUACCUGCAGAGCGCCAUCAUGCAGCUGGACAUUGUCCAGUUCAGGAUGGUGAACGAGGCGUUGAAAGAGAGAGCCGGUUUGCUGAAGACUGCGCCACAUUUGGUGCACCCUUUGCCCAUUAUGUUGCCCGUUUAUACCUGGUGGCAGCUCCCCUACUUCUGGGUAGGCAUCAAAAUGUACGACCUCAUCGCCGGCACCAAAAACGUCAAAAGCUCCUACGUCGUCUCGAAGAAGAGCGCCCUCGAGAUCUUCCCCAUGCUGAAAAGCGAGAACCUCUGCGGCGGCAUCGUCUACUACGACGGUCAGAUGGACGACGCCCGGCUCAACCUCGCCAUCGCGCUGACCGCCGUCCGCUACGGCGCCAUCGUCGUCAACCACGUGAAUGUGACGGGGCUUAUCAAGGAUGAGACCAGCCAAGGCGAGGUCGUCACGGGUGUGGACGUCCAGGACGAAAUCACGGGAGACAAGUUUUGCAUUCCUGCGAAGUGCGUCAUAAACGCCACGGGACCCUUCACUGACUGCAUCCGGCAGAUGGAUAAUCCCGACGCGAAGGACAUUUGCUCCCCGAGCUGCGGAGUGCACGUUACCUUGCCGGGGUACUAUAGUCCGGAGGAGAUGGGCUUGCUGGACCCGGAUACCAGCGAUGGUAGGGUUAUAUUUUUUUUGCCGUGGCAGAAGCACACCAUCGCGGGGACGACGGAUUUGCCGUGCGAGGUGACGUUUAACCCCAAGCCCACGGAGGAUGAGAUUACGUUUAUUUUGGAUGAAAUUAAGAAUUAUCUUAAUCCGCGUGCCAUACAAGUACGUAGAAGCGACGUUAUGGCAGCCUGGAGCGGCAUCAGACCCCUAGUGUCCGACCCGAACUCCCCCGACACCAAAUCCCUCGCCCGCAACCACAUAAUCCACGUGAGUGACAGCGAACUCGUAACAGUCGCUGGUGGUAAAUGGACAACCUACAGAUCAAUGGCCGAAGACACCAUCGACGUCGCCAUCGCCACCUGCUGCCUGACCCCAAGGAUCAAAAGAAGCCGAACCGCCGGCAUGCUACUGGAAGGCGCCCACGAGUGGACGCCCACCAACUUCGUCGAGCUAGUCCAAGACUACGGUCUCGGAAGCGAAGUCGCCAUACACUUGUCACAAACGUACGGCGACAGAGCGAUCGACGUGGCCGCAAUCGCGGUUCCGACGGGUUUAGGUCAACGCUGGCCCUUGAAUGGAAAGAAGAUUCAUCCAGAGCUGCCCUUCAUUGAGGCCGAGGUGCGGUAUAGCACGAGGGAGGAGUACGCGAUGACGGCUGUGGAUAUGAUAGCCAGGAGGCUUCAUUUAGCUUUCUUGAACACCGAAGCUGCCCAGGAAGCUCUGCCUACUAUUGUUAAUAUAAUGGCAGAAGAACUGGGGUGGGGUAUUCUUGAAAGAAAACGACAACAACAAUAUGCGAUGGCUUUCCUAAGGGACGAAAUGGGUCAAAGUCUCAACCGUGAGCAGAAAGGGAAGCUCGAAGUGAAUCUCAAGAAGCAAGAAAUAGAUCUUUACACUAAACGGUUUCAGGAGUUGGAUAAGGAUCACACGGGUUAUGUUUCAAUAAAAAAAGUCGAAAAGAGCCUACAGGAACAAGGUGACGUGGAUCUUCCUCCUGAAAGAAUUCAUGAAGUUCUCGAGACGAUUGCGACUAACAUGCCUGGACAUGUUGACCUCGAGGAAUACUUGCAGAUCGCAACUGUAUUUCAGUCUGAUGACAAAAUCGAAAGUCCGGCAGACAAGCAGCUCAAAAACAGAUUUCUUAAACAGAAAAUUUCUGUGGAGAGAAGUGGUGGUGGGGUGUAA